GCAAAUAUUUGAGCUUUCUUAUUCCUGUACCUACUACCAGGGUGACCACAUAUUGUGAAGUCAUGAGAGGCUCAGCGAGCAUGUGAAGAUGUCCCAGAAGGCAACUAAAACUGAAGUCCGGAACAAACUGCGUCCCUUCUCAGCUCAACACGAAACACUAUGGUGGCCUAGGCUUCUCCCAGUUCUUCUGUUCUUCGUCACCUUUGUCAUGUUCUACUGUUCAUAUGCCUUGAUUCAGAGCUAUGGAGGCACCAGCAAGUCUCCCAGCAGUAGCAAGUCGCUGUGUGGUGGCUGGCUAACCCAGAAGAAAUGGGAGAGCCUUAACUUUAACAUUAGCAGACGGACGCAGCUCUUUAUGAAAAUGGAGGAUUUCUUUUGGCGGCAGCAUCUCUCAGAUCUGGCAUUACCUUAUGGCAUUAAGGGCAGUGAGCUGCUGCUAUUGAAAGUGCUUGCUGUAACUGCAAAUUAUCACGUGCCAGCCAAGAUCGAAAACCUUGAAUGCAGAACUUGUGUAGUCAUAGGUAAUGGCUUUGCCAUUAAAAACAGCUCCCUGGGAAGCAUCAUCAAUAAAUACGAUGUGGUCAUUCGGUUGAAUGAUGCCCCGGUAAGAGGCUAUGAGGAAGACGUGGGGAACAAGACCACCAUGAGGUUCUUCUACCCUGAGUCAGCCUUCUACAACCCUGGACUGGACAAUGAGCCUGACACCCUUAUGGUCCUGGUGCCUUUCAAACAGCAAGAUCUACGGUGGCUCAAAGAGAUCCUCUACAAUGAGAAGAGGGUCAGGAAAGGCUUUUGGAAGCCCCCUCCUCAAAUUUGGUUGGGUGACGCCAGUAAAGUUAGAGUGCUGGACCCACACUUCUUGCAUCAGACUGCAGUCAAGCUGCUAAAGAUCAAUUUUCACCCCAAGAGCAAACAGAUCCCAGUGCAUCCUACCACGGGUAUACUUGCCAUCUUUGUUGCUCUCAACUACUGUGACGUGGUCCACGUUGCUGGAUUCGGAUACCCUCGCUCAAAGAGCCAACAGCAGCAGCCGAUCCAUUACUAUGGAUAUGCCACCAUGAAGUCUAUGAAGAAUUCUUACCACGACCUCAAUCAUGAAGCUGAAGCCUUAAAAAGACUGGAGGAUUCGGGAGCCAUUCUCUACCUGCAUCCACAUUUAUGAUACAGAUCCAUCUCCAUUUUUCGUGGGGUCAUCUGUCUCAGCUCUUAGUGUGCCUUCUGCAGUCGGAUAUUUGAUUUUUUCUGAACGUGACAAUCCUGGCACCUUAUGUGUGUUUUUUUUCCUAAAGUGAAAAUAAUAGAGCGAUUUAACCGCUUUUCAAAUGUUUUUCUUUGGCGAUGUGGUUCAGCAUUUUUUUUAAAAGAAUCUUCAACUCAGUAGAUAAAGAAAUUAAUUAAUAAAAUUCUGAAAUAGAAAAAAUGUUGGGCAUCAAUGCUAAGUGUAGCAACCCAGCUGUUUGUGAUAAGACAGCUGCAGCAAACUGGUUUCAUCAGUAGAUGUCCAGUCUUGGUGCUUGUUGUUUUUCGGUUCUUGUGAUGAACUGAGUUGAUGGAAUGAAAACAUCUGACAUGCGCAGUUUUCACUUGUCUGGACUUUUCACGUAUAUCGUUAAGAUGUAAGCCUGAUGCGAGUGGUUUAUCGAUUUUAGAAUGAAAUUUGUUAAUUCUUUUGAACUCUGAUUCUUUAUCUUUAAAGUACGGAACUGUGUUCAAGUUAAUCUUUUUUUUAAAAAUCAAAUGACAAUUUUGCUCAUUUGUUAUACUUUGACUAUGGUGAUUGUUUCAUUAUUUAUUUCACUUUUUUUUUUUCAGAUACAAAUGGUACCACUGGAUAUUUUGUAAUGUACAGAAUAAAAUACAUUUGUAAAUUAAAGGUGAUCAAAAGUGAUCAUAAUUGAUUUUA